AUGUGCGCCUUGGAUCCAGAGGCAGCGGGCGAUCACGAGAGCAUGGUGGGGACCGAUACCUCGGCGCGGGAUAGUACCCAGUCCAGUAUGGCUCGCCCCAAGAUGGGUAGCAGGAGCGACGCCAGUCCUCGAAUCGCUUGGAUCGCUGCUUCCUGGAGCAGAUCCGGUAACUAUCUCGGUAGGGUGAGACUGACCAUGCUCAGGAGCUUCUGUUUUCAGCUCAUGUCCUUGCUUUGGAUCCUGGUGGCCCAUCACCAUUUUACCCAAGGUGAUGAAUGCAAUGACCGCUGUAACUUGGCUCAUGGCAGCUGUGAAGAGGACGGCAAAUGCAGGUGUGAUCCAGGUUGGGAAGGGGAUUAUUGCGAACAGUGUGUGAGGAUGCCGGGCUGCAGCCAUGGGACGUGCCACCAGCCCUGGCAAUGCAUCUGUCAAAGUGGCUGGGCUGGCAAGUAUUGCAACAAAGAUGUGCACAUCUGCGAACAUCAGACCCCAUGCCAGAAUGGAGCCCAGUGUGUCUAUGACCGUGAUGGGGAGUAUUCCUGCCUCUGCCUUGAAGGGUUUCAUGGAAAAGACUGUGAGCUGAAGACAGGGCCAUGUGAGAAGGCAGGAUCUCCAUGCAAGAAUGGUGGACUGUGUCAGGACAAGAAUGGCUUUGCUAGCAACUACACCUGCAAGUGCCUGGCAGGAUUCAUUGGUGCACACUGUGAGAUCGACAUAGAUGACUGCCUCAUGCGUCCCUGUGCCAAUGGUGCCACCUGUCUUGAUGGCAUGAACCGCUUCUCCUGCCAAUGCCAGCCUGGCUUUGAAGGGCGUUUCUGCACCAUCAAUGUUGAUGAUUGUGCCAGCCAGCCAUGCAGAAAUGGGGCCAAGUGCUAUGACCGCAUCAAUGAUUUUGAUUGCUUGUGUCUGGAAGGCUUUGCUGGCAAAACUUGCGAGCUCCUUGCUCCUGAGCCAACAUGGGUCACUGCAUUUCAGCCUGAUCUCAAGGAGCACAGCAGUGCUGUGAGAAGCACAACCAGUGGUGAUCCUUGGACAACCCAGUCUGAGCCAAUCAGGGUUGCAGUUACUGGCAAGCGAAUCACUAACUACAGUGAGAAAUCAAAUGGGGGAGGGCUAUUAAUCUCCGUGAAAGAAGUGGUGACUCAGCAGGACUCAGGGCUGAGUCAGUCACAGCUGAUUUUAGUUCUGGUGUUUGGGCUGUUCACUGCUCUGUUGGUUUUGGUAACUGUGUUGCUGCUGCUGAAGAACUGGCAGAGGGGGCGCCAGAGGUGCCAAAGCCCCUCCCAGUCUGCAAGAAAACUUCAAGACCAAGAGUGUCAAGUGGGAAUGUUAAACACAGUCUUGAUAGAACCCAGGAAAACAACAGAGCUGUAA